GUCACUGAAAUAGCUCGUGAAAAAGUUCUUGGAGUUGUAGGAGAACAUCUUGAUUGUCACAUAAACUUCCAAAAUUAUGUGGAUGAUCUAAAAAAAAGGGUCAGAGAUUUAAAACGCAAAAGAGGCGAUAAAGAAGCAGAAUUAAGAAUAGUGGAUCUCACAGUAAAAAAGGUCAAAGAAGAAGUGCGGGAAUGGCUUGGAGAGGCAAGGACGUCAUUGAUGAAAUGCUAGAUAUUGAAGAAGAGGUUCAGAAUGCUUCAUACUUCUCACGUGGUAGCCUUGGAAGACGUAUUCGUCAAAAGAGAUUCAAGAAGUCAGGGAAAUUUAUGAUCAGGGUUAUUUGGGUCACAGUAUCACAUCCAUUCAAUGUUGUAAGAUUACAAGAUGACAUUGCAAGAAGAAUGAACAAAAGAUUUCGAGAUGAUGCGAAUGAAUUGGAGCGAGCAUCAAGGUUGAUGAAGCUUAUGAAAACAAUGAAAUAUGCUUUGAUCUUGGAUGAUGUGUGUGAUAACUGUACUCUUCAAAGAGUUGGAAUCCCAGAACCAACAAGGGAGAAUGGGUCCAAAAUUUUUAUUAUUAGCAAAUCUGUUGAUGUAUGCAACUUCUUGAGAUGUCAAAUAGUUAAGGUGCUACCUCUUCCAAAGCAAGAGUCUUUGAACUUGUUUUUAGAUGAGGUUGGGCGAGAUGUUCUACAAAUUUCCAAUUUGGAUGAGAUUUUGAAGCUUAUAGUGCAUAAAUGUGCUGGUUUGCCAUCUGUCAUUGUUGGCAUUGCUAGUGGAAUGAGAGGAGUAAAAGAUUUUUGUGAGUGGAGAAAUGCAUUACUUGAGUUGCCUUGGCGCUGGGUUUGCAAGGAACCCAAGCGUGCUGGGUUCGCGUCUGGUGUUGAGUUCGCGUCUGGUGUUGGGUUCGCGUUUGGUGCUGGGUUCGCGUCUGGUGUUGGGUUCGCAUUUGGUGCUGGGUUCGCGUUUGGUGUUGGGUUCGCGUCUGGUGCUGGGUUUGUUGGGUUCGCGUCUUGUGCUGGGUUCGCUGGGUUCGCGUUUGGGUUCGCACCGAACCCAGCAUGCCUGGGUUUGGUGGAACCCAGCACGCUUGGGUUCGGUUCCUUGCGAACCCAGGUGCUGGGUUCGAUUUUGAACCCAGCAGGAGGUGGGUUUGAGCAGCUGCUGAGUUCCUGCAAGUGAGGCUUUGGGUUUCGUUUCGAACCCAGCAGCCCUUGGGUCAAAUAUCUAUUGAGUUUAAUCUGUUGAUUUGUUGUGUUAUCCUUGAAUUUAAUAUUAGGAAUUAGGGUUUGUAGAAGAAGGUUAAAGGAAAGAGAGAGGAAGAACAAAGGGAAAAAGGAAAAACAAACGAAGAAAAAAAAAAAAGGAAUAAGAAAUUUUUUAAGAUUUU